AGUCUUAAAUCGGAAGGGAGCUGCUUCUCUGUGGUCUUGACAAGCGCUGCCUGGGCUCCACCAGCUCAGUAAUAACUGAGUGACCUUUUCUUUGACUGUAUUAUGUCUGGCUGGGAAGGGAUUGCAUUUUGCAGCUGAGAGCCGGGGCUUCCUUCAGCUCGGCUCCUUGCGUGCUGCUGGGGUAAGUUGUCUUGAGCCAGGACGGAGAGACAGCCUCGGACAGCAGUUGCCUAAAAGGAGGACACCUGUGGCUCAGAUGCGGUCAACACCAUUACUUGGCGGAUCCUUGAAGGACCUCAUUAUUUUAAACUUAAAAAAAUAGAUUCCCUCCCCCUCUUUUUUUUUUCAAACAAUGCUUCUUUUUGACCUUUCCCAAGGAGAAGCGCUACAAAGCAGCCACUGUGCUUUCUGAACCACCUCCCCCUGUAUCGCUUAAUUGAGAAGGUAUACAAAUGCUCUCAGUCCAGCCAGACACCAAGCCGAAAGGUUGUGCUGGCUGCAACCGAAAGAUCAAGGACCGGUAUCUUCUAAAGGCACUGGACAAAUACUGGCAUGAAGACUGCCUGAAGUGUGCCUGCUGUGACUGUCGUUUGGGAGAGGUGGGCUCCACCCUGUACACUAAAGCUAAUCUUAUCCUUUGUCGCAGAGACUAUCUGAGGCUCUUCGGUGUAACAGGGAACUGCGCCGCCUGUAGCAAGCUCAUCCCUGCCUUCGAGAUGGUGAUGCGCGCCAAGGACAACGUUUACCACCUGGACUGCUUUGCAUGCCAGCUCUGUAAUCAGAGGUUUUGUGUUGGAGACAAAUUUUUCCUAAAGAAUAACAUGAUCCUUUGCCAGACGGACUACGAGGAAGGUUUAAUGAAAGAAGGUUAUGCACCCCAGGUUCGCUGAUCUAUCAACAUUACCCCAUUAAGAAUACAAAGCACUACAUUCUUUUAUCUUUUUUGCUCCACAUGUAUAUAAGAAUUGACACAGGAACCUACUGAAUAGCGUAGAUAUAGGAAAGCAGGAUGGAUAUAUGAAAUAAAAGGCGGACUGCAUCUGUAUGUAGUGAAAUUGCUCAGUUCAGAGUUGAAUGUUUAUUAUUAAAGAAAAAAGUAAUGUACAUAUUGCUGGAUUUUUUGCUUGCUAUUCGUUUUUGUGUCACUUGGCAUGAGAUGUUUAUUUUGGACUAUUGUAUAUAAUGUAUUGUAAUAUCUGAAGCACAAAUGUAAUACAGUUUUAUUGUGUUACCAUUUGUGUUCUGUUUGCUUCUUUGUAUUGUUGCAUUUAGUACAAUCAGUGUUUAAACUUACUGUAUAUUUAUGCUUUCUGUAUCUACCAGCUAUUUUAAAUGAGCUGUAACUUUCUAGUAAAAAGUUGAGCAAAUCUCACUAAUGAUACACAUAUAGAUAAAGCAAGUCUAUCAACAUUAGAAAGACUAAAAAAAUACAGACACACAAAGCAUUUUAGCAACAUCCACUAUUAUUGACACUAUGAUUUAGAGUCUAUCAGUGUUCUCAUUAUAACCCCCUAUUUUCAGGGGGUUAAGAUCAGCUUUAAAAGAAUGCAUAAAAAUUUCAUCUCAAAGCACUUUCAUUUUGUACCAGCGUGAAAAGUGCCACUUUUAGAAUAACUUUAAAGCUUAACAGUUAUCCUUUUAAUAUCCUUUGUACGUGUGCCCGUCGCCUGUAUGAUAGCUUUGUUGUCGUUCUGCUCUUCAGUCAUUCGCCCCCUUGUUGUGAACUAGUGCCUUUGGGUAUCGUAAGUUUUUUCCAAAGGGUUACUUUCAAAAAGUGUUACCACAAUUAUGAGAUAACUUUUAAAUGACAAAUUAAAUUUCUUGUACAAAUUUUGCCCAAACCUCUCCAUAAGAGCUAAGUGUUUAAUAACGUUAUGGCUUGAUAAAUUUCUGGCACUAAAAGGAUUUGAGUGUGAAUCUACUGAAAUCAUGAUAAUGCACAUUAAAGCUAGGAUGAUAUUUGAGCAGUGAGGUUACUUCUGAUUGAGCAACAUAGUGCUCAUAGAAUCUUCUAGAAGAAGAGAGACAAAGGGAUUGAUAAAAAGCUGAGAAGGGGUAAUUAUAUAUUUUUCUGUAUUUACAUGCCGCUUAUUUUAAUGUUUAAAAGUGAACACUUUCAAGUUUGACGUGUCUUAUUCUUGCUUUCUUUGAGUAAUUAACCCAAUCGGUAUAUAUCGCUCCUAAACUGAAAUCUCACACUCCAUUUUUUAAAGGUGAAAUAUUAUUCCCAUACAUACAUGAUAGCUGAUAGAGAGAAAAACUUUCUUCAAACAGAAAUUAUGGAGACUGAUUAUUUAAAUUACAGCUUAAGAAAUAAAAAUGAGUCUAUAAUCCCCCUUCUGGGUUGCUCACAUUUUGCUUCUUUGCUUCUGUUCCCUGUAAUGAAACUACCUUUCAACCAAUCUAAUCCCACAUAGGCACAAGGAAGCGUAUUUUUACUAGAGCAAAUUUAGCGCUGUGGUUUUUCUUUUUUUCUUGAUCGCUUGUAUAGGAGACAAUAUUUCCCAGUGUUCUUUGCAUACAUAUUUUGUGCUGCCGAUACAUGUAUUGCAGAUGAAAAUGAAGUGUGAUACCUGAAUUCUUGGUUUGGGGGCCAAAAUAUUAAGCUGCAAAUAAUGCUGGUGUGAAUUUGAGUUGUUUUAAAACCAGAGCUUUAUUAUGGACAUGCAUGUGAAUCUGGAUAUUGCCUCUCAUUUUUAAGAAUAUGACUCUGUGCAAAGUGAAUGGUAUGUAUUUUUACAAAUGCUUCAUGGUUAAGAGUGUGCAAAUCAUGUGCCCCACCCCCCAAAUGUGAGAUAAAAGAACUUCAAGAGUAGCUAUCUGGGGCCCAUAAUAUAACUAUUAUUUUAGCCUUAGAGCCUUACAUGUGAUUCAUAAAAAGACUUGCAUAGUCAAAACCAAAAACAGCAAAUCAAAACAAAACAGAGCACAUGGGUGCAGGGGAGACAGUGCUGCGAAACGCUGCUGCUGUGCUACAUGAUCCCUGGUAAGAGGGUAAGAGUUGCUUGACAUUCGUGUGGACAUUCAGUUUUAAUUGUCAGUAUCUUUUUCAGAUGAUCUUUAAAUAUUUAAAUGUUUCUGUAUACGUUAAGAUCAAUCUGUCAAAAUACCUGUAAACUGGGAACAAACCAGCCAACUAUCCUUGGUGCCCAGAGACCAAACAGUGUUUUUUACUGCCUUUUAUUUAGAGUGACCCUUUGAGAAUUCAUUCUUAUGCUUUUCCUACAAAUGAAAUUACUCACCUAGAUUAAAGAGUAAGGCCUUAAUCUCCUUAGAUUAUCUUUAAUCUCUAUGAAUUUGUGAAAGAAAACAGAAAUAGGCCAUUUUAUAGCUAAUUGCCCAUAACUAGUAGCAUCUUUGACCUGAAAUACUAAGCUAAUUGUCUUGACUAUUCAAAGUCCCUGAAUUGUUGUCAACUUCCCUCCUUGUGCUGUGUUGUCCUGAUGUCAUUUAGCUUGUUAUCCGGUGCCUCCAGUAGGCCCCCUCUAAUGGAGCUUUGAUUUCUCAAGCAGGGACCGCACCCUUCCUAACACGCAUCACGUACAGGCUGCCUCUGAUGAAGGACCAGGCACCUCCAGACCACCAGAAUGCUGGCUGAGUUUAAAAGCUGACCUGAGUGUGUAACUUCACUUUCAUCUUGCUUAAUAAAAAUC